AUGCUGGAACCGCCACCACCCAUCAUGGAGCGGGCCGAGAAGCGUCACAGUAAGCACCACAAGGAGAAACAUAAGAAGCACUCACACAAGAAACGUAAAGGCAGCACAAGCGGUACACAUGAACAGUCUUAUGCCACUAGUAAUUCAGUUAAGCCCCUUGUCGAGUACUCUGAUGUUAGUUCGGAGGAUCUUUCGGCCCCCGAGGCUGGCGAAAUCGAGAGCGAGGCUAGCUCAAUCGGGAGGCAUAUAGCCGACGAUCUAGAUAGGACAAGAAAGUCGCAUUCCGUCCGAACGUUUUUGGACAACAAAAUAUCGGUGACAACGACUAGUCGCAGGGACGAAUACCCUCUCAUACGUGAUCCUGUAUCGGUAGCUAGAAGUAAACGCGAGCCAGAGUACGAUUUGGGGUAUGAAGAUUACAAGAAGAAAAGUAAAAAAAAGAAGGAUAAAAAGAAGAAGAAAAAGAAGUCUAAGCACCGCUCCAGGUCUGCAAGCUUUGAGAGCUUGUCUCCAGAUGACAUGUUGGCUGAAGUGCCACCUCCAGCAGGUCCAAAGAGAUAUACCCAAGUGCCUAUUAGUGAAUGGGAGAAGCCUUCGUCCCCUCUCCGCAAUGGUUCCUGUUCUCCUGUUUCACCGAGUACACCGCCAAUAGCUAGGGAGAGAAUGGCCUCUCCGAGGCAUAGAAUCAACCACCAUGAGCCAAUACACACUAUGCUGCCGUAUUCCCCACAUCGAGACAGAUCUCCCAUUAUUAGCAGCACGAGCAGUAGGCGACGUCAGAAAUCGGCAACACCUCACACGCCAUCCAUUCCUUAUCACGAGACCGUUACGAUCGAUUCUGACAAUGACGACUAUGAUAGGAGUCGGAGGGACUACUGGCACGAGCCGCAUAGGAUGAGCGAUGUGAUGGUCAUUUUGGAUUCACCGGCGCACGAUUCGCGCGCUCGCGACUACAGCCCGCGUCGGCAUCGAAGGCGGAGUCCGCACCGGCGCCGGAGUCGCGAAAGGGAGCGGCACAGGGAGCACCGGUUACCCCACAGGUCGAAUAGUAGGAGUUCGCUGAAACGUCGGCGAUCUGUGUCGCGCAGCCGACGCCGCUCGUCUUCACCUCCGCGACAUCGACCGAGGCACAAGGACUCGAGUAGAGAUAGGCACAGAAGUAGACACGACUCCCCAAGUCCGCCAACAGUCCUCCAACGCAGGAUAGACCUCAAGGAGAAAAUUAGUGAUACAAGUCUAUUUGCUGAACUUGUCAAGGACAAACACAAGAGGGCAAAGAAACUUCAAGAGAUCCUAAACCAAAAGGAGGAAGAGUCCCAAGGUGGAGUGUCAAGUACGGCAUCCAUUAAUAACCCGGAUAUCCUUACUAUAGACGAGCUUUCCAAUGCCACGGCUGAUAGUCUCACGCAGGCGUCAAAAGAAAAUGGCGAUUCGAAUCCUAAAGGUCAGGACGUGGUCGACAUUCCAAUGCCUCAAGGGAACGAAGCGACUCCCGAAAAAGCUGUUGAGGGUCAACCGCCAUUACCACAACCCCCAUCACCUCCUCAUCCACCAAUUGAUCCUCCGUUGCCGGAUGGACCUGGUGAUAAACCAACUGCGAAUGGGGAGGCAGAGAGUAAUCGAUCUGAGACAAACACAUCAACUCCUCCUAUGAUGGUGAAACCCAGUAUAGUGGAGAGUGUGGUCUUAAAUAGCCAGCAGCCAGCUCCUCCCAAACCUAAGAGUCUAACAAAGUUACCCAUGCCACCAAACAUACAGGUGGACGAUAUCAAAACGCUUGCCAAUGAGAGUCCUCUGCGUACGCCAUCGCCUAGUCCUGUCAAGAAGUCAGAAAAACCUAAGAAAACUGGCAUCAUGAAUCUACCGAUGCCUCCUGUGAUACCCGGUUCUGAAGAGUUAAGCGGUGACGAGAUGGAAGGAUCAACGCCACCACCCGUGUCCCACUCGGAUAGAUAUUCGCACGUAUUUACAAGGAAGAACAAUAAGGAUAUACCCACGGCUGCUAAAUUAAAAAGGCCGAGAAUAUUGAAGCGGCGUGGGUCAAAAUUGGUGCCCGUGGUGACGAAUACACAUCACGCUAAAGACUGGGGGGAGAAAUGCGUCGAUGGAUUUCAGGUCAUUACACAAAUCGGUGAGGGUACUUAUGGGCAAGUGUAUAAAGCUAGAGAUAAGAACUCGGGCCAGUUGGUGGCUCUCAAGAAAGUGCGGCUCGAGAAUGAAAAGGAAGGCUUCCCUAUAACAGCCGUGAGGGAAAUAAAGAUUCUGCGACAGUUGAAUCAUAAAAAUAUAGUUAAUUUGAGGGAGAUUGUCACGGAUAAACAGGAUGCUUUGGACUUUAGAAAGGACAAAGGCUCCUUCUACCUAGUUUUUGAGUAUAUGGACCAUGACUUAAUGGGUCUUUUGGAGUCGAAAAUGGUGGAUUUCACCGAGUCACAUAACGCUUCCAUCAUGAGACAACUCUUGGACGGUCUGGCGUACUGUCAUAGAAAAAACUUUUUACAUCGGGAUAUCAAGUGUAGUAAUAUAUUAAUGAAUAAUAAAGGUGAAGUGAAACUUGGCGACUUUGGUCUAGCCAGGCUAUGGUCUGCUGAAGACAGGCAGAGGCCAUACACUAAUAAAGUAAUCACACUCUGGUACCGACCACCAGAGUUAUUGCUUGGGGAGGAGAGAUAUGGACCUUCUGUUGAUGUAUGGUCUAUGGGCUGUAUAUUGGGGGAGUUGUUCGUGAAACAUCCUCUAUUUCAGGGAAACGUGGAAAUUAUGCAACUGGAGACAAUAUCUCGAGUUUGCGGCACACCAGUUCCAGGUGUGUGGCCAAAUGUGGUGAAUCUACCACUCUGGCACACGCUACGCCCGAAACGUUUCCACAAACGCUGCGUGCGGGAAACGUAUGCUUGUUUACCCGCCGCGGCGCUCAACCUUCUGGAUAGAAUGCUGGAGUUGGAUCCCGAUAAGAGGAUAACUGCGGAGGAAGCGCUGAAAAGCGCGUGGCUUAAGAAUGUUGUACCUGAACAAAUGCACGCACCGGAGCUACCGACGUGGCAGGACUGCCACGAGCUCUGGUCGAAGCAACGGAGACGACAGCAACGCGAUGACCAGGGCAAGCAGAAGAACUCGGACGAAAAAGAUUUCAAGCAGAACGAGUCAUCCAACCAAUCGGACGCUAGCUACAAGAGCGACUACAAAGCGGACCUCAAGUCCGAACCGACGCAGGAGACUGGACAAGUGAAAUAG